GCCGCUCCUCCAGCCCGCGCCCCUCGCUCUCCGGGAGCUCGGCCUGGUGGGUGCCGGCACCGCCCCGCUCCUCCGGGACCCGCGGGAGCAGCGCCGAUCUGCAGCUGUCUUCCAGCGGUGCUCCCAGCCCGGACACCCCGGCCGUGCCCCGGAUCCCCAGCCGGCUGCAGCCCCGGUGCCCCAGCGGGGACUGUCGCUGCCCCGGGCCGGCAGACUUUGCCCCUGGCACUCGCAGCAGGGUUUGCCCUCCGUGCCGCGUUCCAUGCUGGCCCCGGAGGGGCCCUGAGCCCCGCCGGAGGGACACCCACGCUCGCACUGCGGUGCUCAGAGGGCUCGGUGCCCGCAGCGCUCUGCUGUGAGCGGCACGGCGGGGCUGGGCUGAGUCCCGGGCGCUGCUGAGGCCAUGCUCCGGCUGCGCCUGCUGACCUGGGACGUGAAGGACACGCUGCUGCGGCUGCGGCAGCCCGUGGGCCAGAGCUACGCGGCCGAGGCUCGGGCCCAGGGGCUGCAGGUGCAGCCCGAGGCUCUGGGGCGCUCCUUCCGAGAGGUGUACGGAGCCCAGAGCCGGCGCUUCCCCAACUACGGCCACGGCCAGGGGCUCAGCUCCCGGCAGUGGUGGCUGGAUGUUAUCAAACAGAGCUUCAGGCUCUCGGGCGUGCUGGACGAGGCAGCCCUGACGAAGGUGGCAGAAAAGCUCUACCGCGACUACUGCAGCUCCCACAGCUGGGAGAUGCUGCCGGGAGCCGCCGAGACCCUGAACCGGUGCCGCGAGCUCGGCUUCCGCAUGGGAGUCGUGUCCAACUUCGACAGCCGGCUGGAAGUCAUCCUCUCGCAGUGCAACCUGCGGCACCACUUCCAGUUCGUGCUCACCUCCGAGGCCGCGGGCGUCGCCAAGCCGGACGGGAGGAUCUUCGAGCAGGCGCUGCGGCUGGGCGGGGCGCGGCCCGAGCAGGCGGCGCACAUCGGCGACGACUACAGCCGCGACUACCGCGCAGCCCGGGCCGCGGGCAUGCACGGCUUCCUGCUGCGGCCGGCCGGCCAGGAGCAGAGCCAGGGCCAGGAGGUGCCCCCCGAGCACGUCCUGCCCACGCUCAGCCACCUCCUGGCUCGCAUCCAGAAGGAGUAGCUGCGGUUCAGAGGGAUCCAGUGCUGCUGAACUGUCCUGACUGACAUUUCUUGCUGCCAGGUGGGCAGGGAAGAGCAGCGAGUGUGAGCUGCCUAUGAAACGGGAGUGUUCAUGGAAUAAAACAUUUCUGAUGCCCAGCAGUGGAGCAGGUGUGUUUCAUGGCUUUAAAAACACCUGCUGAAGAGGGUCAGCUGUGGUGUCCUUCCCUAACAGGGCUGGGACUGGGUCACUCCCGAGGCUCAUUCUGCAGGGGAUGGAGGCAAAUGCUGAGGUUUAUCCCUUCU